GUUUAGGUAAUAAAAAAAAGAAAUUGGAAUAAGAAAAAGAAAGUCAAAAAGGGAAAGUUUCACAAAAAGGAAAUUCCAUUAUUCCUUAUUUAUAUAAAACUCUUCAAAAAAUCCAAAUAUUUCAUUCCCAAAAGCAAAAAUCAGAAACCAAAUUUCCAAUUUGAACAAAAAUUUGAUCAAAUAAAGUGAAAAAUUUCCCCAAACCCAAUUUCCUUUUUGAUUCUCAAACCCUAAUUUGAAAGAAUUCCUCCUAAGAUUUGCCCUUCUGAGCUUCAAAAAUGGGGUUUUUGGAACCAUAAAAAUUCAAGAUUUGGAAGACCAUGAUGAAAAACAAUGAUUUCCUAAAACCCCUUUUGAAUAAUUCAAAGAUUGAAUUGAAAUCAAGAAGUGUUUUAGUUGUGAAUGGAAUCAAAGAAAGUAGCUUUAUGUGGGGAUAUUCAGAAUCAAAAUGUGAAGGUAAUACAGUGGGAAGAUUAUGAACAGGAGUUAGCUCGUUUGUGUAGUCUUACAUCUGCUCUUAAUGAAGUUAAACAGAAGAAACUAUUGGUUCAGCAGAAAUUACAGUCCUUCAUACAGGUAGAAGAAGAAUCACAAAGUCGUUUGAAUGAGCUCGAUGGGAUGAAAGAAAAGCUAGAUUCUAGAAAAUUGGUGAUGGGAAACAUGUCAGUGCAUUCUAAAGUAGUCAAAGAGAAAGUCAAGAAGCAAGAGGAGCAACUCAGUAAUGACAUCAGGUCACUAUUGGUUGCAGGGACUUCUCUUUCCGCAGCUAACAAGCGCUUGCAGGAUGGGAGUAGGUCCCUAGCUGGAGAAAGGGGUUAUGGGCAUCUCAGAACCUUGCAGAGAGUAUUGAGAACGAGACAACAAUAUAUGGUGUCUCAAGUCCACAUGCUUUAUCCUGUGAGAGUUGCAAUUGGACAGGCACCUGAGCAAGAACUUGAAUCUUUCAACAAUAGUGCCAACUUAGGUAACUCUGCUGGGGCAAAACUUUUGGAUCACGGGUCCUUGACCAUUGCAGGUCUACAUUUAACCGUGUUCACAAAGAUGAGUUUCUUUACUGAUAAGAAGGAGGUUCAGAGGUCUGCAACUGCCCUGGGAUAUGUUGCACAUGUGCUCACACUUAUUGCAUCUUAUUUACAUGUUCCUCUUCGUUAUCCCUUGAGGUUCGGAGGAUCUCGAUCGUAUAUCCGUGAUUAUGCACCUUCAAUAGAGCCUUCGUCAUCUGAUUCAACAUCUAGUUCCUUAGUUUCCGCAAAUUCAAGGCCCGUGGAAUUUCCUCUAUUCCUAGAAGGCCAAGACUCAACAAGAGCGGCUUACGCUGUAUUCUUGCUGAAUAAGGAUAUAGAACAACUUCUGAAUUAUAUCGGCGGCAGAAGUUUAGGGCCAAGACAUGUACUAGCAAAUCUGAAAGAGCUUCUUAGGAUAAUACUUUCUGCAGAAUAUAUAGACACAUGAUUAUUGUGAGAUUUAUGUAAAAUGUAGAUGAUUGUUAUUUUUGUGCAGGUGCUAAAUUUUCACUUACAGCACCUUGCCCCUCAUUACCCUUUUGUCUAAUAUUGAUUGGAAAUCCUAUAAGAAAUUCAAUGGUUGGUUUUGUUUGUUA